AUGAGUGCUACCGCGAAGGAAGUUAUGAAGAAGAUUGAUCAUAUAGUACAAAAACGCAUUUGCCCGAAAUGGAUCGAAAGCUUUUUGGGGAAGACAUUUUUUGAAAAAUGCCCGAGUCAUAAUUUGGGAAAGAAUGAAUUAAACAGGUACUGCAUAACUUGUGAUGAAUCAUUUUGCAGACAUUGUAUCACAUAUGGUUAUCACAAGGGCCAUGAUAUACUCCCCAUCAAUAGAUAUACCUACCAAAAUGCGGUUCCUCUUAAUGAGAUGGAGGUUCACAUUGAUUGUCAGAAUAUUCAGGUGUAUAAAUGUAACAGUAAGCCGGUUCUAUGUUUGAACACAAUUCGUCAUAGUGACUCUGGUUUACUUGCCGAUGGCAAAGGAAAGUGCCAUGUUUGCGAAAGAAAGCUAACAAAUCUAGAUCGAUUUCAAUUUUGCUCAAUUGCAUGCAAGAUAAAAUAUGUAAAUAUAUAUUUUUCGGUCCAGAUUCAAGCAGUUACAGAGCCGAUUCAUUUUCUUGCACUGUUGGAUGUCGAAGAACCAAUUAAUCCAUCAAAACGCAAACGAAGUAGAAAAGGAGUGCCAACAAGGGCUCCAUUUUUCUAA